UUAAAUAAUAUUUCAACAUAUUCAGUAUAAAACUAUGAACUAUUUAAAUUUUCUUUUUAUAAAGUGGUGUCCUAUUUAUUUUUUCAACAUAUGAGCAUAAAAAAUUAUAUAUUACAUUACUAUCUUUCGUCGGAACAAAUUGUUCCUGUGAGAAAUUAAUAAAAUCGUGCGAAGGAUAUUGUCUAUAAUAUUUACAUUCUUAGAUAAUAUAAGUGAUAAGCAAUAACUCUUAUUUUGUACAAGAAAUUUUAUUAAAAUAGUUUACUUUUCUAUCUAAGAGAUAAUAAAUAUAUCGGAUAAAGUAUAUAUAUUAUGUGUAUAUAUGUAUGUGUAUAUAUAUACACAUACAUGUACAUAUCAUAUAUACUUUUAAAUAAAGGUCAUUAAUGUGCAGUAUGAAUUAGGAUAUAUAACGAUUUUCCAAUAAUAAAGAAAAAAGCAUAUAUUUGUUUAAGGAUUCUACAAUUUUUCUGAAUAAAGGUAAAAGAAAAUGAUGGAUUGCCACAAGUUGUUUGUAUACGAUGUUUGGGCACACUGGAAUUUCUAUGCGAUUUUUACGAGCGUUGUCAUCUUACGCAAAAGGAUUUUUAAAAACUAGCCAAAAUCAAAAUAUAAUAAAUGAGAAGUUAUUGCAAGAUUCUACUAAUGAUACAGAAUCAGAUAAAGAAAACAAUGUUCCAUUUAUAAGUGAAACUAAAUGGAAAGCAAAAAUUUUAUCAUCUGAUAAUUCAAAAAAAUUAAAAAAUUAUCUGUCUGAAAAUAAUACAUCAUACAGGAUCAAAAAUAAAGAGGAAAGCGAUAAUCAUGUAGAUAAUAAUAUUUCUAUUGAUAAUGUUCAUUUGAUUACACAAACACAAUUAAGCAAUGUAAUUUCUAAAAACCAAUCUAUAAUAAAAAAUAUAAUUUCACAUGAAAAUAUAUCAAAAGAUGAUCAACAUAAUGCUACUAAUUUAAAAGAGAAUAUGUAUAAUUUAAAAGAAAAUAUUGUGGAAAAAACUAUAAAUUGCAUAACAAGAUCAACAAAUGAUUUAAAUACAUCUCAAAUAAAUGAAACAAAUGUUAAUAUAAAUUUAGAUCAACCUAUACGACGUAAAAGAGGGCGAAAAAGUAAAUUAGAAAAAAUGAGAGAAGUAAAUUUAACAACAAACUAUAAAAAGAAGAUUCAAAAUCAUCUAAGUGACAAAAAAAGAGAUAAUGUUAAUAAUGAAUACAAAAGAUAUUGUUUGCGUGCUAUUUGUACCACUACUAAAUCUGAUAGUGUAAAUAAUAAUGCUACAAUCAUAUCUAAAUCACAAAUUAAACAAACAGAAACUGAAAAGGUGCCAAUAAAUACAUCAAUGAAUGCAAAUUAUACCAAAGGUAAUAAAGCUGAUACAAUCAUUAAUAAACUAACUGUAAUUGAAUCUGAUAAUAAAAAUUCUAUAAGAUCUAAUAAUUUGAAAGAUGCAGAAAAGAAUUCUGAAAAAAAUAAAACGAUAUCGAUUAUUGUGAAACAAGAGAAAGGAGAAACAGAAACUUCUUCUAAACAAUUGAAUCAACUAAUUCUUAAUCAAAUACAAAGUCAAAAGUCAAAAGUAGAUCAAGAAAAAACAGAUUUAUGCGUAUUAAUGGAAAAAACUGAAAAUAUAGAAACGAAUUUAAUAGCAGAAGAAAGUAUUAUUAAAUAUCCUGAUAUAAAAAUUUCUUCUGAUUAUAAUAAUCAACAAUCAAAAAUAUUCACAGAACAAAAUCGAGUGACUGUUAUAAAGUCUUCACAAUCUAAUGAUGUAACAAAUUUAAAAAUAAUGCAAGAAGAUUCUACAAAAUUAAACAAUAGAAUUGAUAUAACAGAUCAAAAUACUAAAACUGAAUUAGAAUAUAAUCUUAAUGAAUGCUCAUUGCAACAAUUAAGUCAAAAUAGUUUUAAUAAAAAUCAGAGUAAAAAUAGAUCAUUUGGCAAAAUUUCCGAAUUGAUAAGUGACGAACAAAAACGAACUAUUGAAAGUUAUUAUACAGUAGAUAUGUCGAUUGUGAACUCAGAAGAAGUACAAAAAAAUAUAACAAUAAUUAAUAAAAAAACAUACGUUGCAAUAUUUGUGGUACUUUUUAUCUUAGGAUGGAUAAAUGUCAGGUACAUAUUUGGGGACAUUUACAAAUGAAACCUUAUCAAUGUAAAGCUUGUGAUUUUGCCACGGUUACUGUUAGUAAUGUUCGUUGCCAUAUCAGAAAAAGUCAUUUAAAGAUUAAGCCAUUCGCGUGCCAUCUUUGUGAAAAGCGAUAUGUAACUGCCAUUUUAUUAGAAGAACAUAU